CUUUAGCCUUUUUUUCCCAGAGAUUCAGCCCCUGGUUUCCCUUGAGCGUGCCUCGUCGCACUAGUUGCUCGAUCAUUACCCAACGCAGCAGUUGCGUCGCUGGUUCGGGCAAGGCUCGUCCUCCGCUGCUGACUCCACACCCGUUAGGGCUUUGAGUGGCGGUCGGUCGAUUCCUGGUACGCCUUACGCUAGGCCACGUUGAGAAGUCGUCGGGACUCUUUGGGUUUAGCGGAUUGAGCAGUUGUGAUGCGGUUCCUGUGGAGAUGCAGCCGUUGUUCGUGCGAUCUUGAAGAUUGACUGCGACUGCUCCAGGUUGAGGUUAUUUCGUUGGCGGGUAGAGCUCGUAUGGGGUGUUUGGAGGUCGUGGGUGCCACUCGUUGGGGUCCGAAUAGGGACUGCUUUUGCCACUAUAUAUCCAUCCAUUCCCCUCGACUCUUUGGAUGGAUCAUUGAAAACCAACACCACAGUUCCACAUCGUCACUUGAGACUUUCUCCGCAACAUACACUCAGAGAACCAUCAACAUGGUAUCAUCAACUCGCUCAAGCCAGGCAUUAUCGUCACCACUAGACCCCAGCCUAUUCACAGACUACAUGUCCCUCGUGAACGGAUCUUUCGAAACACUCGACGUCACAAGCCCCCAGUCCACAGACGCAGACGAGGAUAACCUCACACCCAGCCAAACACCAUCCCCCAACUCCACAAAACAGGGCUCAAAGCGCGAGCCCCGGAAGCGCGGGCGACCGAAGAUGCUCGAUGAGGAUGGCGGCGAGGUGGCGAGCAAGGAGCGCCGAAAAGUCCAAGUCCGCCAAGCACAACGCGCAUACCGCUCACGCAAAGAAGAACAAAUGGCCAUCCUCUCGCGCAAAGUGUCCGAGCUCGAGCAGAAACUCCUCAUCGUCCGUGGGCUGUAUCUCAGCACACAUGCCGCGGUGAUGAGCACAGGGUUACUAGUCGACUACAGCGCGAACCCCAGCCUCAAGCUUCUGCAGGAUAAUCUACAACUCCUCCUCGCAAACACAGACGUCCAGGUCCCGCCGCCGACGACGACGCCCAUGUCCAUGCCCUUUGGUAAUCCGCAUACCGACUCGUUGCAAUUUACGCCGGGGGUUGAGCCGUAUCCGAUGCUUAUGGGGGAUAUGUUGCUCGGCCAGGAGAUGGCGCCGGUUAUCAUGCCUGAUAAGGGGUAUGAUAUAAUGUUCUGAACGCGGCUUGCGAGAUGAGGGGCGUCCAAACCACAGUCGGCGGGAGUUGGGGCAGCGAGCGCUUGAGUAGAUAUUAGCAAUUGCAUAAUCUCGGCGUCUAUUUGUCGUUUUGUUUUUGCGCUGGGUAGGAAAGAAGGGGCUUCAUGUGACUAAGUAUAGCACAUUGAUAGACUUAAUGUAAAUAAUGAAUAUAUACCUAUUGACUUCUAAAGCCUGUUCAACUGAGACAAGAAAAAGGAG